AUGUGCCGCGGCAUCGGCUACAACCACACGGGGCUGUCGGCGCUCGCGCAGAAGGAGGCCGAGUUCAUGCUGCAGUCGUUCAACCCGCUGGUGCAGUACGGCUGCUCGGCGCAGCUGCAGCUGCUGCUGUGCGCCGUGUUCGCGCCCAUGUGCACCGACAAGGUGGCGGCGCCCAUCGGGCCGUGCCGCGGCCUCUGCCACGCGGUGCGCCGCCGCUGCCUGCCCGUGCUGCAGGGCUUCGGCUUCCCCUGGCCCGCGUCGCUCAACUGCUCCCUCUUCCCGGCCGACAACAACCACGAGACCAUGUGCAUGGAGGGCCCCGGCGAGGACGAGCCGCCGCCGCCCGCCGCCGACGGCCCUCCCGGCGUGCCGUCGCGCUGCCAGCCGGCGUGCGACGCGGACGUGGCGUGGGCGGCGGCCGAGAAGCGGCUGGCCGAGGCGUGGGCCACCGGCUGGGCGGCGGUGGGCUUCGCCGCGUCGCUGGGGGCGGCGCUGACGCUGGUGGGCGGCGGGGGCGGCGGCCGCGGCCGGCAGGGCGGGGGCGGCGCCGGCUCCUCGGGGGCGGCGUCGGCGCGCUCGCCGCCAGCCGUCGCCUUCCUGGCGCUGUCGCACAACCUGUGCGCCGUCGGCUGGGCGGUGCGGGCGGCGGCGGGGCGGCGCGCCGUCGCCUGCAGCGCCGCCCACGCGCUGCUCAUGACGCGCGACGGGCUGGCCAACGCCAACUGCGCCGUCGUCUUCCUGCUCCUCUACUACUUCGGCACCGCCGCCUCCGUCUGGUGGGUGGUGCUGUGCCUGUCGUGGUUCCUCUCUGCGGGCGGCGGCUGGUCGGCGGAGCGCGUGCAGCAGCAGUCGUCGCUCUUCCACCUGGCGGGCUGGGGGCUGCCCGCCGUCUGCACCGUCGCCGUGCUCGUCCUCCGGCACGUCGACGCCGACGAGCUCACAGGGUCGUGCUACGUGGGCAACCACAGCGCGCGCUCGCUGCUGGUGUUCGUGGUGGUGCCGCAGCUGGCGUGGCUGUGCGCCGGCGGCGCCCUGCUCGCCGCUGGCUGGCUGGGCUGCCGCAGGCGCCGGGGCGCCGCCGCCAGGAUGCGAACCCUGAGCCCGGACGCCAAGCUCAACCAGGUGAGCGCCGCCCCAGCCGCCACCUACCCUCUACACAAUAUUCGAGAACUGCUGUCUUCUGAGUUCUUACAAGAGCAAUAA